AGUGGUGGGCCAGGCAGCCUUAGUAGGCACGGGGGUAGUGUUAGCUGGGAUCAUUGCAGGAGCACUCCCCUUUGUCAUGCCGGCGUUCAGAAAGAAUUGCUUGCCGUUUGUGUCUGCAACGAACCGACAGAUCAAUAUGUGUUUAGCCAAUCGGAACCCAAAGGGAAG